CCACGACUCGCUAUUAGCCAGCGUCUCUUCACGCCUCCAUUUGCCAGCCAAUCCGCGCAGGCCCCGCCCCACCAUGUGAUGCUGUUACUGGGCAGACGCGCUGCUGAGGGAGGUUAGAAAAAAAACAGGAUCAAAACAAAAACAGAGUCGGAGAGAAACAGAUCCGGAGCAGGUCACGCUGUUAAUAUUGAAGUAAGAAGGAACUAUGGAAAUAGAGAUUCCAAGUGAAAUAAAUGCUAAUCUACUAGAUGCUGAUAACCAUAAUGACUCCCUCUUCUAUGGGGAUGAAGAGAACGGUGGAGCGGAGCAAAUUAGGAAUGAGGUGAAUGGAAACUGGCCCGCCUCUGCAAUCAAUCAGGCUAGAGUCGACGCCAAAGCCAAGAGACGCUUGCGCAAAACCUCCUCACGGGACUCGGGAAGAGGAGACUCUGUCGGUGAUAAUGGGGAAGGUGGUCGUGGGGUUCCCCCCACUAGCCCAAAGACGAAACUUAUGGACCGGAAAUCCAGGACUGGGAAAGGAAGGGGGUUGCCAAAGAAAGGCGGAGCUGGUGGUAAGGGAGUAUGGGGACCUCCUGGCCAAGUAUACGAUGUAGAAGAAGUUGAUAUCAAAGAUCCAAAUUAUGAUGAGGCUCAAGUCAACUGUGUUUACGAGACGACUGUCCUUCCACUGGAUGAUAAGGCAUUCCAAAAGUCUGUCACCCCUAUUGUGCAAGAGUAUUUUGAACACGGAGACACCAACGAAGUCGCGGAAAUGUUAAAGGAUUUAAACCUUGGGGAGAUGAAGUGUGGCCUGCCCAUGCUGGCAGUGUCUCUUGCACUGGAAGGGAAAGCCAGCCACCGUGAGAUGACGUCCAAGCUUCUCCAUGACCUGUGCGGGACUCUCCUGAGUGCAGAAGACGUGGAAAAGUCCUUUGACAAACUGCUGCAAGAGCUGCCUGAACUCGUCCUGGACACGCCCAGGGCACCGCAGUUGUUGGGCCAGUUUAUCGCCAGAGCAGUUGGAGAUGGGAUCCUAAACAAGACUUACAUAGAAAGCUAUAAAGGCACAGUGGAUUGUGAACAUGAACGGGAAGCCCUGAAUCGGGCGGCCGUUCUGCUCAGCAUGACCAGAGUUGGAAGGAGAAUUGAUAGCGUGUGGGGUUCCGGCGGCGGCCAGCAGCCUGUGAAGAAGCUGGUGAAAGAGAUCGAUAUGCUGCUGAAGGAGUACGUGCUCUCUGGGGAUGUGUCCGAAGCGGAGCGCUGUCUUCAGGAGCUGGAAGUUCCUCAUUUCCACCAUGAACUUGUAUAUGAAGCCGUACUGAUGGCGCUGGAAGCGACCAGGGAAAACACAUAUAAGAUGAUGCUGAACUUGUUGGAAUCGCUCUGGAAGUCAGCAGUUAUCACUUUAGAUCAAAUGAAAAGGGGCUAUGACAGAAUUUACCAAGAGAUUCCAGACAUUAAUUUGGAUGUCCCCCAUGCAUACUCUGUUCUGGAGCGGUUUGUGGAAGACUGUUUCAAACUUGGGGUCAUUUCCAAACAAAUUCGGGACCAAUGUCCUUCAAGGUUGCCUAUUGAAGAAAGCAAGCCUACUUUUCCUUAAUUGUGUAGUACAGAAGUGAGAGGAAGAAAACGGUUUGUAAGCGAAGGGGACGGUGGCCGGCUGAAAUUCGAAAGCCACUAAACACAACCAAGGAAAAGGAUUGACUUGCUGAGCACCAUUAAUGUUUUAUAAAUAUCGAUAUGAAUUCUUGUGUACAGAACCUUUCUAUAAUAGUUUUCUAAAUAAACCGUUUCCGAAGCAAUUGAUUGGGUUAGGUAGAGGUGAAGUGCCGUUUCCUUGAAAUCAUUCUCUGCUCUGUGUUCACAUGUAAACAGUCGCUCCCUGUGUGAGGUCUGUAUUGUGGUAACUCACUAUCAGAGCUGUUAUUAAUUGCAGGGAGUGUUGCUGUGACCCCUUGUUGGCUGCUGAUGUUCACACACAUUUACUUUGGGAGUGGAAAGCGAGAAGUGACUUGUUCUGGAUAAUUUAUCCAUUUGUGCCGGUUGUAGAAACUUUUUUUUUUUUUUUUUUUGAAGCCAAAAUGUUAAGUAACGGGUAACAUGGAAAAAAACGUUUUUCUUCCAACUUUUCAGAGGAGAAAAGGACCUAAAAGUAUGGUUUAUAUGGUGGCUGGAACAUCCUAUUUUUCUACACAACAAUUAACUAGAAAUUUAAGAUAAGUUCUAAAACUAAAUAAAUACGUUUAGUGAAGCAAA